AUGGCAAAAUUGGUAUUUCUACUUUUAUUUGCGACAACGCUAGUGGUGAAUAGUUGUAUUGCCCGUAAAAUUGGUUUUCGUCGCAAUAAUUUUCCCUAUCUUGACGAUGGAGCUACAUCACGUAUUUUUAGCGGACAUAAGGCAGAUCUGGGAGAAUUUCCAUGGUUGGUAAAUUUGGAGUAUCGAUCACUUCACAAUAAAUUGGAGUUGUUAUGUGCCGGCAGCAUUAUCAAUCGUCGUUUUAUUCUAACAGCUGCUCAGUGUGUGACGGGUAAAAUGGAGUCCAUUGGAAAACUGAUAUCUGUUCGUGUCGGUGAACAUGAUAUACGUACUGAUCUUGAUUGUGAGGGGAAUAUUUGUGUUGAUCCAUACCAACGAUUCAAAAUCGAGAGAUAUAUCGUUCAUCCCGACUACUAUGUUGACGGACAUAAUAGGAUAUAUAAUGAUAUAGCAUUAGUGCAACUUAAUAACGAUAUUGUAUAUUCUAAAUCUAUUGCGCCUAUAGGUCUACCCGAGAAGAAUUUACCAUCGUUGAUACCGGGACAAAAAUUAACAGUUGGUGGUUGGGGAGCUGGUUGGAUGGAUGAAGUCUGGUAUGGAAAAAAUAUACCAGUUAAACAACUUGAAAAUGUUCCCUAUGUUCUUAAUGAAAAUUGUGAAAUGGCCAAUAGUACAAGUCACUUAUGUGCUGGCGAAUUUCGAAAGGAUAGUUGUGAUGGUGAUGGUGGUGGUUCAUUGAUUCGUUUUGUGAAUCACAAACCAAUCAUUGAGGGUAUUGUUUCCUAUGGCUACGGAUGUGGAAUGGAAACACCUUCAGUUUAUACUCGCGUCUCAUCGUUUUACGAUUGGAUUCGUGAUAAUGCUGUACCCGUUAAACAUGAAUAA